GCUGAGCCCGCGGUGCCGCGUACCGAAAGCGCCACCCCGUGGUGUGGUUGCCACCGAACAGUAGCGGGGACAGCGCCAGCCCGGCCCGGGCAGGGACACGCGGCUCCCCCGGUGUGGGGGUGAGCGCCUGCCGAGCCCGCGGCUCCCGGGAAAGGGGGGUUCCCUCGGGGGUGCUGCGGGCUGGGCACGGACUGGCUCCGGCUGGGACACCCCUGAGCCUCCCUCUCCCUGCAGGGGAAGGCACCCGCGCCCCCCGCCCCGCUCGAGCGUGGGGAGCAGCUGAGCACCGGGGACCUCGCCGGUUCCUGAGUGUCACCCGCUGCUGCCCUGGCACCGGCAUCGGCGCCGCCGCUGUGAGCGCCACCGGGACCCCCUCUAGGCAAUGGAUGGGGUCUCACCCCGUAACUCGACACCACCGCUGCCCGCAAGGGCCGAUCCCGGCUGCCGGCGGGGAGUUGCCCCUUGCGAGGCCGGGUGGCACCGGGGGUCGCGUCCCGCCCGCCCCGCCGGGGCCGCCCGCCCUCACACCCCGCGGCCUCCCGCCGCCAGGGGGCGCGCGCCACCCCCGCCGAGGCGCUCCCCUCGCUCUUUUCUCUCCGACCAAUCAGCGCGCCGCGUUUCGGCGGGAAGGCGGAAGUGGCGGCGCCAUGGCGGAGGCGCGGCCGCUGCGGCUGCUGGCGCUGCACGGCUACCGGCAGAGCGCCCGCCGCCUCCGCCAGCGCACCGGCGCGCUCCGCAAGGCCCUGCGCGGCCGCGCCGAGCUGGUGCCCAUCGACGCGCCGCACCGCUUGCCCGCCGGCGCUGAGGACGACCCCGACGGGGACGACCCGCCCCGCGGCUGGUGGUUCUCCGGGCCCGGCACGUUCGAGGCGGGCGAAGCGGCCGCGGCUCCGGCGGGGCUGGAGGAGUCUCUGUCGGCCGUGGCGGCGGCCCUGAGGGAGCAGGGGCCCUUCGACGGGCUGCUGGGCUUCAGCCAGGGCGCGGCGCUGGCCGCCAUGGUGUGCGCGCUGCGGGCCCGCGGCGACCCGCGCUUCCCGGUGGCCUUCGCCGUGCUGGUGGCCGCGUUCGCCAGCCGCGCCCCGGCGCACGGACACUUCUACCGGGAGCCCAUCGCCCUGCCCACGCUGCACGUGGUGGGCGACACGGACGGCGUGAUCGCCGCGGCCCUGAGCAGGGAGCUGGCGCAGUGCUUCGUGGAGCCCGUGGUGCUCACGCACCCCGGCGGGCACUUCAUCCCCGCGGCUGCGGCGCAGAGGAAAGCCUACCUGGAGUUCCUGGAGCGCUUCUGCCCCCGGCAGGGCCAGGCCGAUGAGGCUGGGGAGGUGUGAGAGCGGGCUCUGUAAUAAAAAAAGGGCUCUGGUGAGCCACGUGCAGCCACUUAUCCUGUGAAAGAUCACUGUUUCCGUGCCUCCAGAGGGACCAGAGAACAGCUCACUGCACAUUCUGCGCUUCAGUGUUCGUCCAGGCCAGCCUAAAUGGUUCUUUAUCUCCCUUUUUUUCAGCCUUGUUGCAUACAUCAGUAUAAAAUAUAUAUAUAUAUGUGUCUAUAUAUAUAU